AUGUCUCGAGGAGGCACACGACUUGGAAGUCGACUAUCACAAGACCAAUCCUCUUCUGAGCUGAACUGUGGCGCUCGGGAUGUCUUGUCGCGGACUCGGGCUAUUGUUCUAGUUACUGCCCUUACUGGCAUUACCUUUGUGGGCAGUAUGAGUGGUGGCUUGCUGACCAUCGGUCUACCGGAAAUUGCUGCGGACUUGAAGCUACCGGAGAAUUUGUUGCUAUGGCCGGCAUCCGUUUACUCUCUUGCAAAUGGAUGCUGUCUGCUACUAGCAGGCUCUUUGGCUGACUUUUGUGGUAACCGACUCAUCAACCUCAUGGGCUGCGUGGGACUAUGCGCAUUCAUCUUAGCCUGCAGUGUCGCUCAGACCGGUAUCCAAAUGAUUCUAUUCCGCGCUUUCCAAGGCAUUGCAACCUCCAUGUGCCUUCCAACUGCAUUCAGUAUCUUGACUGAUACAAUGCCUGUUGGGAAACGACGAAAUAUCGGAUUCGCCUGUCUGGGACUCGGCCAACCUCUUGGGUUUUCCGUCGGUCUAGUUUUUGGAGGACUAUUCCAAGACAGCAACCUCGGUUGGCGCUUUGGAUACUACCUCUGCGCCGGUGUCACGGCCAUUCUUACGCUCAUGCUGUACUUUAAGUUGCCGAUCGAUAAGCCGCGCGAGACCUUUACACUACGCAGACUGCGAGAUGAGAUUGACUGGAUUGGAAUCGUUCUUUCCAGUGCAAGCUUGGGGCUUAUCUCCUACGUCUUCGCUGUCAUUACUGAUAACCCUGCCAACAUCCACCAUUUCGAGAAUAUCGCUUUGCUGUGCAUAGCCGCAGCUUGCAUACCUGCAUUUAUGGGAUGGAUGAACUGGAGAGAGAAGAAUGGAAAAUCUGCAUUGAUUCCCAACUCCCUAUGGAAGAACAUAGCAUUUGCUUCAAUUUGCUUGAUGGUUCUCCUCGCCUGGGCCGUGUUGAAUGGUACAGAAACAAUUCUCAGUCUUUUCUUCCAAGAAGUCCAAGAACUUCCGCCUAUCCAGGCCGCCAUUCGCUUCCUGCCCAACGUCAUCAUUGGAAUUAUUCUCAACAUUGCGACUGGGCUUCUGGUGCACCGUCUUCAUGCCAACCAUCUUGUUCUUAUCACUACGGUGCUUAGUGCUGGAUCUCCGUUGCUGCUGGCUAUUAUCGACCCGCAGUGGUCAUGGUGGUAUUGCGCUUUCUGGGCAGUGCUUUUGGGUCCUCUUUCGGCAGAUGUAAUCUUCACCGUCGCGAACUUGAUUAUCGCCGAUUCUUUCUCCGCAAAAACACAAGGUCUCGCGGGGGCCGUGUUCAACACUAUCGCGCAGUUUGGUACAUCCAUUGGUCUGACCAUCUUUGCCAUUAUUUCCUCGACCGUCACUCAAGAGUCAUCUUACAAUAAUAAGGGGUCGCCUGAUGCUCUGAUGGUGGGUUAUCGUGCCGUGUUUUGGACUUGUUUCGCUCUGAUGAUGGCCGCCGCUGGAAUUGGUGCUUUGGGGUUGCGAAAGGUUGGCAAAGUCGGAUUGAAGACGGAGUAA